UGACUGGGCCCUGGGUGUUGGGGGGUGUGCGCAUGCUCCGCGCGCUGGUCGGGCUCUGGGCGGCGACAGCCAGACGCCUCCGCUCCAGUUGCGGGUGAUCUUGGGUCCAGUGGCAAUUGAUGUUGUGUCUGUCGGUAGUCGGCGUGAGGCGGAGCUGGGCCAGCAAGAGGUAGUUGAGUGGAAGUGCAAGGCCGGUAUUUCCCUACCUAGACCGCACGCUUCUCAUGCAGGGAGGGUAAAGCUCAAGAUUUGCUUUGCAGUCACAUUGAUAUGAAAUCUGGAGUCACCUUUGAUAACUUCACCUGGGAAAGAGAGAUGUCUUUCUUAUUAAAAUAAUAUAAGGACAACAAAUGACCAAAGGAAUCAUGCCAAAUUCCACCUCUACAUCUGUUUGUAUCAUCAAGACGUAUUUUUUAAUCCACCAAGACAAAUGACUUGUACAUUAAAGGAAGUGAUUUGUUCAUCAGUAUUUUUGGCAGUUUUAAAGAAAUUUUUUUCAACUUAACUUUAUACAAUUCUCAUAAAAUUUACAUAUAAAAAAUUUUAAGACCUUGUUUAAAAUAGCUUUAUAUGUGAGUGCUUAGAACUUCAGCAUUCACACACAAAUUUUUACUUGUCGAAGUCCUCAAAAAUUUACAUCAGGAAAGAUAUGGACUUGGAAACUUGUAUUAUUGAAACAGAGUACAGUGCAUUUAAGUGGACACGCGAAAGCAUCCUCCAUUUUGUCAUCAGAAACAUCACAUAAAAGCGUACAGUUCUUUGCUUUAAUGCAAACAAAGUUGCUUGAAAAUGCCCUGGACAAAAUUCUUACGGAAACCCGGUGGCAAUCUUGGAAAAGCUUAUCAACCUGGGAGUAUGUUAUCUCUAGCCCCUACCAAAGGCUUGUUAAAUGAACCAGGGCAGAACAGCUGCUUUCUUAAUAGUGCUGUACAGGUUUUAUGGCAACUGGAUAUAUUCCGACGAAGCUUGCGGGUUCUCACUGGACAUAUUUGUCAGGGAGAUGCCUGCAUAUUUUGUGCAUUGAAGACAAUGUUUGCACAGUUUCAACACAGUCGGGAAAAAGCACUUCCCUCGGAUAAUAUAAGGCAUGCUCUUGCAGAAAGCUUCAAAGACGAGCAGCGAUUUCAACUUGGCCUUAUGGAUGAUGCUGCAGAGUGCUUUGAAAAUAUAUUGGAAAGGAUUCAUUUCCACAUUGUGCCAAGCAGAGAUGCAGACAUGUGUACCUCGAGGUCUUGUAUCACUCACCAGAAGUUUGCUAUGACUCUUUAUGAACAGUGUGUGUGUCGUAGCUGUGGAGCAUCAUCAGAUCCUCUGCCUUUUACAGAAUUUGUGCGGUACAUUUCUACCACAGCCCUAUGCAAUGAAGUUGAAAGAAUGGUGGAAAGGCAUGAACGCUUUAAACCUGAAAUGUUUGCAGAAUUGCUACAAGCAGCAAAUACAACAGAUGACUAUAGGAAAUGUCCUAGUAACUGUGGCCAAAAAAUAAAAAUUCGCCGUGUUUUAAUGAAUUGCCCAGAGAUUGUCACAGUUGGUUUAGUCUGGGACUCUGAGCAUUCUGACUUGACUGAAGAUGUUGUUCGGAAUCUGGCAACACACCUUUAUCUUCCUGGGCUUUUUUAUAGAGUUACUGAUGAAAAUGCCAAAAAUAGUGAACUUCACCUUGUUGGUAUGAUCUGCUAUACCAGCCGACAUUAUUGUGCCUUUGCUUUUCAUACAAAGACUUCCAAAUGGGUAUUUUUCGAUGAUGCAAAUGUGAAAGAGAUUGGAACUAGAUGGAAAGAUGUUGUCUCCAAGUGUAUCCGAUGCCACUUUCAGCCACUGCUUUUGUUUUACGCAAACCCAGAUGGCACAGCAGUUUCCACUGAAGAUGCACUCAGGCAGGUUGUCAACUGGUCACAUUACAAGUCUGUUGCAGAAAAUAUGGGAUGUGAAAAGCCCACAGUUUUAAAGUUAGAUCAUUCAAAAGAAAAUGGAUUUGGUGACCAGGCAAAACAGAGAGAAAAUCAGAAAUUUCAAACCAAUACUAUUUCAUCAUUUAACCGGAGCCAUGCUCAGACGAGUGGCGGGAGAGGACCGGUUAAAUUAAGUCAUGUCGAUCAAAGGGAAAAGAUAAAAGACAUUUCCAGAGAAUGUGCUCUAAAAGCUAUUGAACAGAAAAACUUACUUUCUUCACAAAGGAAAGGUUUAGAGAAGGGACAAAGAAAAGAUUUAGGCCGACAUAGCGAAUCGGUUGAAGAAGAUCUUUCACAUUUCCAGUCUGGAUCACCUCCUGCCACAAACGGCUUUAGACAACAUGGGAAUCCACAUCUGUAUCACAGUCAAGGAAAAGGACCAUGUAAACAUGACCGAGUUACCUGCCAGAGUCGAGCUUCUGCACCAAUAAGUUCAAGUAAAUCCCAGGUUCUUAUUGCAGGAGAGAAAGUAACUGGCAAAGUUAGGAGUGACAGUGGCCCUGGAUAUGAUACAGACGGCAGCCAAGAUUCUAGGGAUAAAGGAAGCAGCUGUAAUAGCAGCAGUAAAAGUCGGAACCGAGGUUGGAAACCUAUGAGAGAAACAUUAAAUGUUGACAGUAUUUUUAGUGAAAGUGAAAAGAGACAGCAUAGUCCAAGACAUAAAUCAAACAUCAGUAACAAACCUAAAUGUAGCAAAGAUCAGAGUUUUAAUAAUUGGCCAAAAGAGAAUCCAAAGCAGAAAGGCUUAAUGACCAUCUAUGAAGAUGAAACAAAGCAGGAAAUAGGAAGCAGAAGUUCCCUUGAAUCUAAUGGAAAAGGGGCAGAGAAAAAUAAAGGCCUCGCAGACAGUAAAGUUUACAUUGAUAACUGGCAGAUGCAAAGGACUGAGUCUGGAUACGAAAGCAGUGAUCAUAUCAGUAAUGGAUCUGCUAAUUUGGACUCACCUGUGAUUGACGGAAAUGGCACAGCAGUGGAUAUCAGUGGUGUUAAAGAAACAGUAUUCUUCAGUGACCAGAUUAAGACAAACAACCUGAAACAUGAAGGUGUGGACUGUAACUCUCUUCAGAGCAAAAACCACUUAGAAGGCUUUAGAAAAGAACUCAAGAAUUUGGAAGCAGGCUAUAAAUCUCAUGAGUUCCACCCAGAAUCACAUCUCCAAAUAAAAAAUAAUUUGAUAAAAAGGUCACAUAUUCAUGAAACCAGUGGAAAAUUACUUCCUUCACCCAGUCCACAAACCAAGGACCAUACUGCAAGAGAACAUACCCAUCAGUCAGAUGAACAGAAACUUGAAAAACCAGAUGAAUGCAGAUUUUCUGAGACACUUAAUAUAGAAAAUUCUGAGAGAAGAGGUUUGCCUUUUCAUGGUGAUAACUCUGCUUCUGGGAAGAGAGUGAACAGCAAUGAAAUAGUCUUACCAUCUUCAUUGAGCUCUUCACACAUGAGAAAUAUUGGCUUAAAGCCAGAAAUUGCCCCCCUCUUCCAGCAACAAAGUAUGACGGAACAAUGUUACUCUGAGAACUCUCUGUCCAAAGAACAUACAGUUCAGCCAACCUGCAGAUCUGAUGGGUGUCAGAUGCCAAAACCUUAUUGCCAGAAUCUACCACCCCCUUUGCCACCAAAGAAAUACGCUAUAACUAGUGUGCUACAGUCGGAGAAAAAUGAAUCUACAGCUGAUGUCAAUCUUACAGAGGUGUUUCAAGCUAAUUCUUCUAGUCUUCCAAAGCACAGUUUAAGUAUAGCUUCAGAACCAAAUUUAGAAGUGAGUAUAUAUGUAAAUGAUCAAAGACGGAAAGGAACAUGUCAAGUGAAAGAACGUGUUGAUAACACAUCAGACUACCCAUCCAGCUCUUCAACUAAUGAUGUUCAGGCAAACUCAGGUGCAAUUAGUGAUGCAUUUUGCCAACCAGAACUAGACUCUAGUUCUCCCUGUACAAAUGAGACAAUAUCAUUAACCACCUAUUUUUCAGUUGAUAGCUGCAUGACUGAUACAUAUAGAUUGAAGUAUCAUCAGAGACCUAAGCUGUGUUUUCCAGAAAGCAGCGGCUUUUGUAAUGAUAAUUCACUAUCUCAGAGUGAAAGAGCCGUGGGGCCUGUGUUACAUAAUAGUCUUGGUUCAGGCUACCCUUCUGAGCAAAGAUGUAAACCUAGCAUACACUGUAAUAGAUAAAUGAUGGCCUUGAUAAGCUUGUACUUCUCAGAGGCCAUUUAACUAUAAAAGGAACUUACUGACCAAACCUAGUGAUACUAAAUCAAAACCCAUAGCAUUUUUAAAGUCACCAAUUUAUGUGUGUGUGUAUAAUUUAUAUAAAGUUUUACGCUGAUCAGUUUAUUGGCAUUUUAGAAGUCCCUUUGAAUAGUCUUGGCAUGCCUUGAAAAAUAAAAAACCGGGGUAUAUAACAAUUCAUUUGCUAUAUACUACAGUUGAAUAAAAAAUUUGUCCCUCUGAUGUGUGGCUACUAACCAGUAUUAAAUAAACCAGUACUUGUGUGUAGAUUGUAAACUAUGCUAAUGGAAAAAUACCAAGUGAUACAUAGUUUAUCUAGUCGAAGAACUAUUUGGUUUAUGAAGACGCACUUUCUAAUGGGUAACCAAGAUUGGAGUUUCGCCCAUUUAUUUUUGACUUCUGUGAUAGUCUACUAUGUAUGAUCCCACUAAGUGUCUUAAAAAAAAAAUGACCCUUGAAUUUGAUAGCAUUUGGGGAAAAAAUGCCUUAAGAUUAAGUUUUUAAAUUAAAUUUUCAAAAUCAUAUUGAAUUUAACUUUGCUCCUAGUUAACAUGAAUUAGACCUUUGACUAUUAUGUGUCCAUAAAUACUACUUCAGCUGUGUAAGCUAAAAAGUACUUAAACUUUGUUAUAUUUAUUUAUCUUGUUACAUUUUUUAAAAUUUUAUAUGAAAUGUGAAUGGUCUUUAUUUUGGUUUAUGUUGGGCUGCUAACAACCAGUGUUAAGAAUUAAUCUAGGGCCCUCUUGUUGGCAACGUCACUGUAACUGCCCACUGUGUUUUUCUCUGCUAUAAUCUUGUCAACCCAUUUUACUGAUUUUCACCUUCUUGAAUCUGAAAAUCUAUUUAGGUUUCCAGAUGAAAUUUCUGCCUUUCACAUAGGUUUAAUUUUAAUUAAACCUUUAAUGUUAAUGUUUAAUUUGAGCAUCCUUCCCUUUUUUUUUAUACUCUAAACAAAUAGCAAUUGUAUCUCAACUACUUUCGUGGGGAUGACUUUGUUUAAAAACAAAGAAAUUUUUCAUUAUUAUCAUGACUUUAGGAGUGAAAAUAAGUUACUUUAAUUGCCUUAUUUCAUUAGUUGUCAUUUUAUUUUAUACUAAGCUAAUAAACUAAUGGUAAACUUAGAGUUAGUUUUAAUGUUCACUCCAGAGAAUUGAGAAUCAGAAUUAAAAUUCUCUUUACAUCCCUAAAUGGGUAAAUUUCAUGCAUAUAACAUAUGAUUCAAUAAACUAGUACAUUCCAUAUCUUGGCUGAUUUCAUAAAUUGCAUUAAAAUAUUCUAAAAUGUAAAUGAUUAAAUAUGAACACUUUUAGAUAAAUAGAAAAUAAUUGCUUAUAAAAGUUUAACUCUACCCAGUUAUUAGAUCUUGGCCAAAUUUUAUUUUCUACCUAUAUAGAAGUUUUGACUAGCCUUUUCUAACCAUGAUAGUGGUUAUUUUAUAUUCUUGUUUAGAAAUACUUGAAUACCCACUAAACUAAAUUUUAUUGUUUAAGAAAUCUUAUUUUUAACAUAAUUUUUAGUAUGGAGGUCUGUAAAUAAUGUAAAGUCUGUAAAUUGUAUUUGAAAUGUCAGUGUUUUUAAUUGUUGCUUUUAUAACAUUGUAAAAUACUAGAAAAUGGGCUUCAAAUAUUUCUAAUAGCUUUCAAAAACCUUCUGUGUAGGUUUUUUUUUUUUAAUUUCUGUUUGGUUAAUAUAACUCAGUUGGAAAUGUAUUAUUGAAACAUUUAAACUAAUUUCUGUAUUUAAUAGUUUCCUAAAUUUGUCUUUUCAACUCAGUUGAGUUGCAAACAUCAAACAGAAAUGUCCAGUUUUGCCCAAAAAGUACCGUCCAGGGUGAAACAAACUAGAAACUGACCUUUUGUUUUUAUAACACUCCAAAUACAGAUCGAAUACAUAUUUACUAACUAAUCAUUCACAUGUAAAACUUUUACUUCUAGGGUGCGUAUUUAUUUUUAUACAUCUGGUUAGAAGCUUAUUAUGCCUUUUAAAAUAAUGCACCCAACAAUCAUGUUUAAAAUAUUCAUUUUCAGAAUGUUAUAUAUUCAUGUGAAACCAGUUGCUUCUGGUUCAAAAAAUUUAAGAUAAACUCAUUUUUAAUAUGA